AUGAAAAAGAUUAUUGCAAGACCUAAUUGUGGCACAAAAGUACAAAUCCGGAGAGAUUAUGUGAAAAUUUUAAAUGAUCAUCAAAAAUUACUUGGAGAUAUUAGUUGGAUUCGACCUGCUUUAAAAUCAACCACUGGGGAAUUAAAACCUCUUUUUGAUAUGUUAAAAGGAGAUGCUGAUCCUUUAUCCCCUAGGGAGUUAACUCCUGAAGCUUCCUUGGCAAUAGAAGCAGUCAAGGAAGCUCUUCAAGUGGCUCAGCAAAAAAUCCACAAUGAACUGCGAUGGUUACCUGCGAGAUUCGUCCGGCAAGUGGAAGAAAAAGAGGAAGAACAAGAAUUGGCCGAUGCAAGUCGUUCGCUGGAAGAUGAGGAAGAUACUGAUAACCCCAACACACAAGAACUAACCAUCCUUGUUGUGGCUCUGCCAACUGUUAGCCACCAUGACAUUAAUGUCACAACUGGUCCGGAGAUCAUGUGCUACAUUGGAAGAAUCUUACCAAUGUUGUUUGGAACAGGAUUUUCUAAGUGGUCUCGAUCCUACACUGGAUCUUAUUUACCACCAGAUUUAGAGACUUGUACACAAACUGUUGUAGCCUCUCUAAUCUCGAUGUGGACAGUGUGCAGCAGUCUUCAGGACAGUCCCUGGACCAUGCGGAACUACACGUGGAUCUGCUGGCAUCCUCGAGCUCAAGAUUCAAGUUUGAAUGGCAACGGGAAAAUUGCAGAUGCACCCUGGGGACUGACGAAUGAAGGUCAUCAGAUGGGAAUAUGGAGAGUGGCUUUAGCUAUGGGAAAGGACAAUGAAUCGUAUCUGGACAAUGUAGAAGAAUUGAACUCUCCUCAUAGAAGUCAGAAUGUACAAUUCUCUCUUGGACCAGUGACCAAUGACCAAUCACCAGUGACCAGUCAUCUGUACUGGACACUUGUGGUCUUCCGCUUCAGUGUUCAGACGUACUCUCGUAUCGUCUCCUCUUCUCACCUACCUUUCAUUGAUAUUUCCCCUUCUCUGACCAUGUCAGAAACCUUUCAAAAUCCAUCUGUAUUAGGAACUGCACAUUCUCUGCAGCUUCCCCUUUCCAUGGUGAACAAUGCAGCUUCCCUCACAGGAAGUGUCUGCAACUACUCCAGAGUAUCUGCUCCAGCUGGUAGUUCUGAUUGGCUCCUGCCCUCAGCCUCUGGCACCUCUUUCCAACCACUGAUGGGUAGUGCCUAUCUUUACCAACAUUCUAGCACAACGAUGCUGUCUGGAGUGUCUGGCCAGAGCCAGAUAUCCACUUCGGCUGCUUCCUACCCGAGUCUUUUGGAGUGGGAUAUUGCAGGAAGUGCUGAAAAGAAGUCUUCCAUGGGAGACUAUACUGUGACUGUCCUUGACCAGGACACUGCUGUCUCUUCCUUGUCUAUGGCAGCUCGCUAUGAGAAACCCUUAGAUAUCAACAACACGGUGUCUGUGUACCCAUCACUUUCUGCCCGUCUUGUUGAGAGGACACCAUCUCAGGUUCCAAAUCAGAGUCACAGCCUGUCGCUUCCCUACCAGGAUGGGAGCCAGGUGUAUUACUAUCAUCAGGGCACUCAGGGACCUCUCCUUUCUGGAGAACUUGGUCCCUACCUGCAAUCCUAUGGCUCCAUGACAUACACAGGAGGUAGGGGAUCUGCCCUCCAAACUUACAGCAACUCAUCCCCAGAAAUGGUUAUGGUUCUAAAGGAGAUCCAGCCCUCAAGAAACCCACCACCAGCCUCCACCUCUGGAAUCUACUACUCUGUGUCUGCUCAACCCAUCACAGAAUCGAGUUAUCAAGUGAUGAAUACCCAGGGGAUGGAGUCUUCCCUGGCAUUGCAACCUUCCAGUCAGACAUUUUGUCUGACACAACCUUCAGAAUUGGCCACGUCUUGCAGUAGCAGGAUUCAAAUACUUGAGAGUAACCAACCACCAGAGCUCCUGGAUGUUCCCAUAAUAGCUCCAGCCCAAAGUAACCUGGCACUGCCCCCAGCUGCAAAUCAGGAACACACAGAUAAUAAUUUGGAUGAGAUGAAAAUUGGCCUAUCAAAUUCUCUGGAUACCUAUCAGACCCCAAUAGAAAAUGAAGAUCCACCACUGUGCCCAUUAGAAAUCCCUGAUAUCCACAAGCUCCUGGCCUGUAUUGAUCCUCUCAGCCAGGAGCAACAGCCUGGUACUGAAACUACUGGCCAGGGAAAGAAUGGUCUGUGUUUUGAGGAAAGUGGGAUUGAAUCUGGCGGUAGUUUUGCAGACAUUGCUACACUGGUGGAAGACAUACAUCUUCCCCAGCUCUUUGAUUGCUUAGAAGACCUAGAUCAAUGCAAAGAUCUGCAGGUAGAGACCACCACAGAUACCAUCACUCUGAAUCAGGUGCAAGAAAAUUCAAGUGGCACUGAGGCUCCCUCCCAUCCAACCCGGAAGAACAAAAAUGAGGCCUCUGAGCCUCUUGAGGGAGAACCCAAGGCCAAAAUCCAGCCACAAGUCCCCGAAGGCUUGCUAGGGGGAGCAGUGAUGGUCUGUAAUGCUGCAGUGAGUGACAGGUGUCCUGUGACCAUGGCCAAACAGAAGAGCAAACCUCAGAAAGCUGCAUCCAGCAGGAUCAGCAAGACCAAGAGCCAUGGGCAGGAGAAGACAAAAAAGUCCCGAGAAAACUCUAAGAAAGCUGAGGAGAGUAAGCAGCCAGGGAACAAGGUGAAGGCAGAGGAGAAGCCCACCAUCGCCAGGAUGAAACGCAAGAAAAGUCAGCCUGAGCUCUGCAAGGAGGCCUUUAAAAAGCCCCGCAGCUGCCUAGGCAUGCACAUGCUGGAGUCCGUGCAGGUGUUUCACGCGCUGGGGAAGAAGAACGAUCAAAAGCCUGGCUUCUCUUCCUCCCGGGUCCUGGGUAGCUCCAAGAAGCCCAGAGACUUCCAGGCCUCCUCAGCUGUCCAACCCUGGCUAGGUGCCACCCGGGAUGGAAAAGGUGUGGAGAAAACUCAGCUCAAAGCACAGAAACCAAGCAGCAGUGCUGAAGAAUGCUCGUCUCCAUCCCAGUAUGAGCUGCCGCCUCCUGGGAAGGUCAAAUUGGUACCUUUGCCUUUUCCAACCAUGGAGAAGCCGCGAGUUCGACAUGUUCCUCGGAGACCACAGUCUCUGGCUUCACAUCGUCCUGCUGCAGCUCACCCUGCCAGGCCUGGCUCUACCAACUCAGCUCAGCCAUCUGCCGCCAAUUCAUCCCGGCCAACCACCGCAUCUUUGCCAGGCCCUGCCAAACCAGCUCAGCCCAUUUCAACCAACCCAUCUCGACCAGGUUUGCCAAACCCUCCUAGCCGGCCUAUUCCUCAGCCUGCCACUUCUAGACCUGCUCCCUGCAAGACAACUGCUAGCACUUCUCUCCAGCGGGAGCCUCUUCCCGUCUCUGUGACCAAGUGCCAGUCUCCACCCAAAGCUCAGAGUCAGAGUCAGUUUCUACUCCAAGACUUCCGUUUCCAACCGAUUCCAUGGAGAAAGCCCAAUGUUCCCGAGCCAGUCAUGUCCAAGCCCAUCACAAAAGAGCAGAGGCCAGAGCGUGAGGCCAUGAAAAGGAAGGCUCAGCAGGAGCGUGAGAACGCUGCCAAAUACACCUCUUUGGGGAAAGUGCAGUUUUUUAUUGAGAGAGAAAAAGAGAUGGACAUCUCUCAAUACUAUGGCUACGUAAUGUGA